AUGCAUAUCUCACUCAGUACACUUUUGCCUCUUUUACCGGCCACAGCUCUCGCUCUUUCAAGUUUGGACGAGAGCUCUGCAGGCGCCGGGUCAUCCGAUACAACUGCUGCGGUUGCUGGGUUAUCCGAAGCCGCUGCUGGCAUCUCCACAGCCUCGUCAGUCGCUGAGGAGUCAGGCGCGGCUGCAGAAGACUCUUCUGCAACCAAAGAAGUCGAUGCGACCGGACCUGCAACAGGAGUCUCCUACACCGGCGCUACGGCAGGAGUUGCCACAGGGAUCUCCUCUAUUGCCGCUGCCACUGGGUUGGGCGAUAACUCAUUAGGGAACUCCACAGCCUCAAUUGCAGAGAGCGCGAGCGGCGCAUCCACCGCGAUGCCUAGUAUAGAAACAUCCCUAGGAAGCAGCUCUAACAGCUCUUCUAAUUCAACGGGGUCGUACGGAAACGCAGGUGAGGGCACUUCCUCAACAACAAUUCUGCAGCCAGGCUCUUCGAGUGCGCUCAACUCGACUUCCUACGGUAAUUCAUCAUCAUCCACCGGUAGCUCUUCGGACAGCUCCGGCGAUUCAGAUUACUCUCCUUCAGGAUCUGCUAACCUCAAUGAAUCUGCCGCUUCUGGUUCUUCUGCCUCUGGUUCCGCAUCGGGAUCUGGUGCCAGCAGUACUUCAAGCGGCAACUCAACUGGAUCUGGUGCGAGCUCCACGGGUGGAGCAAACUCUUACAACGUACCAGUCGCUGCGGGUCUCCUGGCAGGUGCCUUAGCGUUCUUGUGA